CAGUAGCUAGAUCUACAUGGAAAUGGCGCCUGCGUUGAACUCUAGCAAGUAGACAGUUAUCUCGUAGCUAGUGCAACUAAUUCAGUAGACACGGUCCUUCAUACUGAAACAUUUGUGGGUUUUCGACAGUUGUCCAAAAAAAAAAAAACGUGUUCACAAGAAAAUCGGAUUAUUAUGACGGGGCCGAGGAAGAGUCCCAACGGAAAAGACAUCACAUUUUAUUAGCUACUAACGUCGUUGGUAGUAGUACGUUACGACGGUCAACAUCAGUGAACAUGCGUGACCUGGCUGCCCAGGUCACCAGCAGCCUGCUGCGUUUCCCAGGGGUGACUGUAGAUGCUCUGGGGGAGGAUGAGAUCACCCUGGACUCUGUGCUUCAUGGGAAGUUCACUGUCGGUCGUAGCGGGCUAGCUUGGCUUGCCUGUGGGCCCCAGCUGGAGGUGGUCCAUGCGGUGACGGGUGAGCGCCUGUCCGCCUACUGCUUCUGCGGCGAUGGGGAGCACCCCCCCAGCGUGCUGGCGGCCAGGGACUUCUCCUGGCUGAAAAGGACCGGGCUGCUGGUGGGCCUUGAGGAGGCCCAGGGCAGCAUACUCUGUCUCUAUGACCUGGGUAUCUCCCGAGUGGUCAAAGCCGUAGUCAUACCGGGCAGGAUCAGGGCCAUCGAGCCCCUGGUGAGCUAUGGCGGGGCCAGUGCCAGCACACAGCACCUCCACCAGAGCCUGCGCUGGUUCUUUGGCGUGGCAGCGGUGGUCACGGACCUGGGACAUGUCCUCCUAAUGGACCUGUGUCUGGAUGACCUCUCCUGCAGCCAGAGCGAGCUGGAGGCCUCAGAUCUGGAGGUGGUGAGUAAGUCCCUAGCUGAGAUCCCCCGGCUACGUGAGCAGGAGACGCGUCAGGGGAGACAUCUCUGCCUGCAGCUGAGCAGCCCCACGGGCACAGGGGCCACAGCUCUGCAGUACAUCCCUCGCACCAACCAGCUGGCCGUGGGCUUCUCCGACGGAUACCUGCAACUCUGGAACAUGAAGACACUCAAGAAGGAGUAUCACUCCCAGCUGGAGGGCGGCAGGGUGCCAGUGUACGCCUUCACAUUCCAGGAGCCAGAGAACGACCCCCGCAACUGCUGUUACCUGUGGGCCGUCCAGUCUGCCCAGGACCAUGAGGGAGACGUGGUCAGUCUGCACCUGCUCCAGCUGGCCUUCAGUGAGAGGAAGUGUUUGGCCUCAGGAAAGAUCCUCUAUGAGGGUCUGGAGUACUGUGAGGAACGGUACAGUCAGGAGCUGAGCAGCACAGCCUUCCCCCUGAGGGCUCAGGCCACCAACACCCGCCUGCUCAGCUGCCAGACCAUCGAGAAGUUCCGACACCAUCCUGACAGAGACGACAGCAUGAACGAAGUUGCGUCUCCAGACACCAGCGUGUCCAUUUUCAGCUGGCAGGUGAAGGCCUACGGACAGGGCAACCCCUCCACUUACAUCGGCGUCUUUGACAUCAACAGAUGGUACCAUGCACAGAUGCCUGACUCUCUGAGAACGGGGGAGUCUUUGCGCAGCUGUCCCUACCUGGCCGUGUGGUCUCUGGAUUCGGUGGUGGAGAUGACGUCACCCUGCCCCCUGUUGGACGUCCUGGUGCACGAGCGCAGCCUGAGCCGCGGCCUGCCCUACACCUGCCCCCCGCCAGAACAGUUCUUCAAACCCACCACAUACAACUUUGAUGCAACCUGUUUGCUCAACACUGGUAUUGUGCACUUAACUUGCUCUGGGUAUCAGAAAGAGACUCUGAGCUACUUGAAGAAGGCUGCUCCCUGCUCCAGUGAUGUCAUCUCAAACGGCUACUCCCGCUGCCUGAUGUCCGGCCUGCUCUCCUCUCGCCUGGCCGACGUGCAGCCCUCCAGCCUCUCUCAGGAAGAGCAGUUGGACGCCAUCUUGUCUACAGCCAUAGAGACCAGCUCCUUGGGCCUGAUCACCAGCUGUAUCAAGCAGUGGACCGCUGAGGAGCAACCAGGCUCUGCGGUGAACCUGCGCUACAUUCUGGAGUGGGCCUGGGACAAGGUGGUUCACACCAAGGAGCAGCUGGAUGGCAUAUGUGCUCCCCUGUUUGACAGCUCGUCUAACUUCACGGACUCCCCGACCCUUCAGCUGCUGCAGCACAGUCAGAGGCUACUGGGGAACCUGAGCACCAUCUUCCACUGUCUGCUCAGAGAGGCACAGGAACUCACUCAGCGAGGUCUGCUGGGUCUCAUCAAUAAGAAUCUGGUGUCCAGCCUUAUCUCCCAGUACGCCCAGGUGGUCCUCUGGUUCUGUCGGACUGGACUCCUGCCCGAGGUCUCCGCAGAUGACGACGCUGUGCAGAUCCCCCGGCCCUUCUACAGCUACUCUGUGAACCAGAACUACUACACCAUCCGCAGAGAGGAGCUGCAGCAGCUCUCCAAUGGGAAGUGGUGUGCAGACUGCCUGAUGAUUGACGGCUUAGUCGCCCAAUGCGGUGACCGCUUGGUUGACCUGUGGAAACGAGACGAGGGCGGGACGGGACAGUAUCCGCCCCCUACGCUACACGGCCUGCUGGAUAUUUACCUCCUGGAGAACAUAGAUGAAUCUGCUAAGCACGCCAUCGUGAUCUACCUGUUGUUGGAUGUGAUGUAUUCCUUCCCCAACAAGAGCGGUGGGUCUGUGGAGUCCUUCCCCACUGCCUUCGCCAUCCCCAUCGGUCUGGUCAAACUGGUGCAGGGAUUCUGGCUGCUGGACCACCACGACCACCAGAACUCCCUGGAGAUGCUGCUGCAUCCCACCACCACCCCGUCCCUGUGGGGCUGGCAGCACGAUCGCAUCCUGCAAGCUCUCAUGUGCCAGGGGAAACACGGGAUCGCCCUGCGCUACCUCCACGUUAUGAAGCCCCCCCUCUCUUCCACCGCUCAGGCCCAGCUCUGCCUGGCUGUGCUGCUACACAACAGGUGUCUGGUGGAGGCCUGGGCCAUGCUGAGGCAGCACUCCAACAGGCUGAACACGGAGGAGUUGUUAAGGUUCCUCUACCAGACCUGUCAGGAGCUUGGCCUCAUGAAGGAGCUGCUCAAACUGCCCCUGGGUCUGGCUGAACAGGAGUGCUUGGAGAGGUUCCUGCAGGGUACAGGGGGUCUCCAGAACAGAGAGCUACUGAUGAUGCACUACCUGCAGCAGGCUAACUACGUCCCCGCCCUGCAGCUCAACCACACCCUCAAGAUGAAUAUGGUGAACGAGAGGGAUCCCAAGCUGAAGGAGAGAACUAAAACCAGGAACUCAAUCCUGGACCAGUACGGGAAAGUUCUUCCUCGGGUCCAGAGGAAGCUAGCGACGGAAAGAGCUAAGCCAUACCACCACCCCUCCACCAUCCUCAGAGAGGUGUCGCGACCACAGCCGCUGUCGACCAUCGCCAAGCGGUCGGCCAAUGAGAACGUGCUGACCAGAGCGGCGUUCAUCAACAGCGUCCUGUCGAAGAUCGAGGAGGUGUGGGUGGGGAAGAACCCCACGCCCCAGUCCUCCCCACUCAAGAGCCCCAGGGCAGCCGAGGUACUCUUCCCCUCCCGGGAUCUGCCCGAGGCCUUCGUGGGCACGCCUAUCACCAUGGCCUCCAAGAGGAAGUCCAGGGUGCUGGACCUAGUGGUUCACCCCUCUCAAACCACCCCUCCAGAGGGGGCACGACCCCUGCUGACACCCCCCAGGGCAGCCAGCUCCUGGAACCCCCCCAAAAGCAUCAACAAGGCUCCCGAGCUCAGCCUGCUGCAGACCCCACAGGUGGUCAAGCGAGCGCGAGCCCUGGCAACGUCCGGUCCCUUGUUCUCGGCCUUCACCCCUCAGUCCAUCCUGAGGAGCAGCCUGCGCCCCACCCCCGUGGCCACCCCCUCUGCCUCUCCCGGGCGCUCUGUCACCCCCCCACUGCGUCCCAAGGAGAGCCGCAUCACCUUCAUCGAGGAGACUGCCUCGCCCGAGUCAGAGAAAGGCACCCUCCACUGGAGCAACGGGAUCGCAACCGAGAAUGAGAUUAGCCUGCUGACCAGAGGCUCUCCACUAUCGAAGGCUGGACCUGAGACCUGGACCUCACACUCUGCUGACUAUGAUGAGGAAGAGCAGGAAGAGGUGGAGGAGGUGAAGGUGACACAUGUGAAGUUCCUGCCACCACCGGUCCGCGAGCUCUCACCAGAGAGGGGAGAGUCUGAGAGUGGCUCCUCUGUCCAAGAGGUCGCCGUGGGAACUGCAUUGCCUAGCACGUUGCCAGGACGACUCAGCCUAGGCUUGGAGACGAGCCAGGCCUCUGUCCUUUCAACGGACACCACCCUGGAGUUCCAUGAUGCACCUCUGCCUGAAGACCUGGAUAUGGAGGCGCUUCAACAGCCAGCCAAUGAGGUCACAGAUGAGGAAGAUGAUGAAGUGGUGGUUAACCUCAAAACUCAAGCAGUACUGGAAGCCCCACUCUCAGAGGAGGAAGUGCAGCCUGCAGCAGCCAAUGAGCUGACUCUCCUCCUGUCACUGGAGGAAGGGCAGAACAAGGACCCAGAAGUAAAGGAAGAGGCGGUCAACAGCGAAGUGGAGCUGGACCAGGAAGUAGGGGAGAUGGAGGUCAGCCCUGAACAAGAAGAGCCUAAGGCUGAAAAGGAAGUUUUAGUCCAACCAGGGGUCACACAGGCAGUAGAACCAACUCCUGACACGAAGGUGGUUGAGAAAUCUAAACUUAACAAGGAAGUUAUUGAUAUGCCCAACCAUGAGCUUGAGGUGGAGACUGCCAAAGAGGAUGAGUCUCAACCCACUGAACAAAUGAAACCUGUGGAUGCCACGGAACACACUGAUCUGGAUGAGUUUGUGGAGCGCCACCUGUUUGGCAACGAUCUGUCUCCUCCCCUGACCCGCUCGGGCAUCCACAAGGCUUCUGACAACUGGACAUCCUUCAACAGUGAGCCGGUGUGUGACGUGGUAAAGGAGGAGUCUACUCCUACAGCCGUCCCCCUGGCCCUCACCACCCAGAAGUCUCUGGCGUCCGUAGCCACCUCAGACCCCACGGGCACCGACUCCCAAUCUGUGGUGAGCCUGAACGACAGUGAGGAACUCUCUAGUUCUGUGUUGGAGGAUGAUGAUGAAGUUGAGUCAGAUGGUCCUGCUGAGCAGGACUCGGGCAGUGAGGUGGAGGUCAUAGAGGAGGUGCAGGGGAACGGGAGGCAGCGAGCCCCCUUGCCGCCCCCCUCUCUCUUCCUGGACCAGCUCCCACCCCUGCAGCCACACCCCCAGUUCCUGCCUGCCCUAUCGGAGCACGAUGCAGCUGUGCUCUCAUUGGUCACCACAGAGGCAGACCUAAAGAUGGUGGAGGAUGACAUAGAGGGGGAGGUGGUGAUGGUGAGGCUGGGGGUAGGAGGAGACGAGGCAGAGGGGGUUUGCUACACAGAGCUGAAGCCCUCCACCACCCUGCUGGUUCCUCUGGAGCUGGUGGUGGGGCAGGCCCUGGCCGACGGCGCCCACCUGGGGCUCAUUGAGGUGGAAGGCAGCCAACCAGAGGUACCCACCUCUGGAGCCCACAGCAGUUUCUCUCUGAUUCUGGAGGCUGAGGAUGGGGAUGACGACGCAGACACUGUACCACUAGAACCCAGUAAGCAUCUGACCACAGAGGAGGCAGGUGGCACGUCUGAGACACCUGUGACCGACCCGGAGGUUAUCUGCCUGGGCACGGACAACCAGGACACCCCCCUGGCUGCAGCUGAGCCCCUGCCGGAGCAGAAGGCUGAGAUGAACACCAUGGAGGGGAUGGACACCUUGGAUGGGAUCAUGGAUAGCUGGACAGAGGCAGAGACUGGUAGAACAGAGGCCAUGUCGAAGGAGAAUGUUCCUCUAGUCACGGACGUCCUGCCUGAAUCCUUUGAGGCUAAACCAGCCAGAUUAGCUGAAGAUGUUGACACAGACCAUGUAGAAGAGCCAGAUGAGAUCCCUGCUGACUCUGAACCAACCAAAGCAGAAGAGGCGCCACCAGUCCUGGAUGAGAACGAGCAGCCGAACGGAGCGUUGGAGGAAACGGAAGAGAUGACCAUGGAAGAGGAGACUCUCUCGUGUGCUCGUCGAAAGGAGGAGAUGAAGGCAGACGUUGUUGAGCUAGAGGAAGAGCGAGAGGAGCCCGUCUCUGUCCCUGCAGACCAGCCUCUGUCUCAGGUAGAAAGCAAUGGAUCCAUCCAGUCAGACAACCAUGAACCUGUCCAGGGAGAAGCCAUAAGUGAGUUGGCAGCCAUACUUGAAGAAGAAGCAGUUCAAACCGGAAAGCCCUUUAUAGCCAGUGUGGAGGAGAGGAAUCUGGACAAGACCACCAACAGCCAGUCUAAGUCUGUGGAGGAAAUCUCAGUGGGGGUCAGGAAAGCCCCGUCCACUCCGACGCGCAGGACAACCAACCAGAGGAAGAUGGUGAAGUUUACCUCAGUGGAGGCGGAGAGGCCUGGGUCAGAGGACGAGAGGCCGGCAGGACAGACUGAGAUGGAGACAGAUGCUCAGGUCCCAAUCACACCCAGACGGAUCACCAGGAGCUGCCGGCACAGCCAGGACGUUGGAGUUCCCGUCACACCUCGCCGAAGCGCCCGGAAAACUGAAUCCCAGCCAGAACCGGAACCUUGGAGAGAGCAGGAGGAGAGGAAAAGGGAGGAAGAGGUCCCGGUGGCAACUGUGGUCCACUCCAAGGCCACCCCGACCAAACGGCGCACUCCACAGAAGGCCACUCCGAGGACGGGAAUCCGCCAGACCAGGAACACCCAGGUGGGGUGCAACAGAGGGCCAACAGCCAUGGAUGAAACAACCAACCAGGUGUCAGUUCCGUCUGUUACACGCAGCGCUAAGAAGAGCACAACUGGAACCAAGACCCCAGCUGCCCAGACUCAGCCGUUGGUCCCCAAGACUCAGCCGUUGGUCCCCAAGACUCAGCCGUUGGUCCCCAAGACUCAGCCGUUGGUCCCCAAGACUCAGCCGUUGGUCCCCAAGACUCAGCCGUUGGUCCCCCAGACUCAGCCGUUGGUCCCCCAGACUCAGCCGUUGGUCCCCCAGACUCAGCCGUUGGUCCCCCAGACUCAGCCGUUGGUCCCCCAGACUCAGCCGUUGGUCCCCCAGACUCAGCCGUUGGUCCCCCAGACUCAGCCGGUGGUCCCCCAGACUCAGCCGGUGGUCCCCCAGACUCAGCCGGUGGUCCCUGAGGAGGAAGAGAAGGGGAACGAUGAAGGGGCCAAACAGCCCAGCAGUCCGGGCAGGGUGACCCGCAAGUCAACACGUGCGGGCGUGAACCUCGCCCUUUUCACAGAGGAAGUGGUUGCCCUGACCCCUCCCCGCAGCCGGAGGAAGACGAGGGGCGAAGGCACCGCUGAGAAGACACCCUCCGCACUCGCCCUGGAUGACCCGCCCCUCAGUGUCUACCGUCGACCAACCAGGAGCCGCCUGUGGAGCCACCAGGAGGAGGACCUUCCCCUGUUGGAGACGCCGCUGGAGGUGGGCUCCGGAACGCCGGUGGCCGACGCCCUCAUCCAGAGACUCCGUGACGAGGAGGUCAAGAGGGAAGUGGUUGAGGCCCCGGUCAUCACAGCGAUGGUGAGAGUCAAGAGGAGAGUCACCACGUCGUUGGGUCAGCGGCCGUCCUCUCCACUCCCGAUGGGAAACAUGAUGGUGCCCGAGGCCGACCAGGGAAGCCCCGUCAGGGACUCGUUCAUCUACUCACCACCUCGGAGGAGAACCAGAGGUAGGAGAGUAGAGUCUCCCGGUCAGAAUGACGUGUCUGCGCCUCCUGUUACUCGUACCAGGCGACCGGCGGACACCACUGCAUCACAGCCUGAUAACGAGGAAAAUAACUCAUCAGAAGACGAUGUGGAGAAAGAGACGGCUGCUGCUAAAACCAAAGCACCCAAAAGGCGAACUAAACCCAAUGCAGCGCCCCCUCCCCCAGCCAAGGUGGAUUUGAUCUCUCCUAUGCCCAGCCCGGCCGAGCCUGCCCCGCGCGCCACGAGGAGGCUGGUGGAGGAGAACGACGCCCCCGCCUCCCGGAUGAACCUCCGACGCAAACGAGUGCUGGAGGCAAUCUUCCCCAAACCAGUCACCCGCAGGAAGAAACUAUGAUCGGAUGCCAUUCUAGCCCUGAACAAACUACAGCAUCAACUUGGAAUCUUACAGACUGUGAGAACUCAUGGGGUGGAUCUCCUCGUCUCCUUUCCUUCAACUGCCCUGAAAAAUAGGUCAGGGGAAAGUAGUAUGGUGCCUGCUAGGUAUUUGCUUUUCAAUACGCUAUAACGCAGAUGAAGAAAAGCAGACAGAGGAAUCCAUUCUAGAGAUGCAUCUGUGGACUGGACUCCUAACUUUACUCUGAGGAAACUAUUUUAUUCAUAUUUUCUUUCAACGGUUACAGCCUGUUUUUUGUAUUUAAGACAGACAACCAGUGGAGAACAUUUUUAAAAAUGAAUUAAGCAAAUUUAAUUGGAUAUUGAUAUAAUAAUUUUAUAUAAAUUAUUGUUAUGUUUACAGGGCGGAAGACUGAGGGACUUGAACACCAAAAAAGUGUUUUUUAUUUCUGGAGAAUUCGUAAAUUUCUAUAAAUUGAUGCGUAUGUAAAUAGUCUCUUUUGCCAUGUUAUGAAUAAAGUUGAAUACUUGUGAAUGAUCUGUUUUUAAUUUUAGUGUUUUGAAAAUGUUUGGCUCAUAAUCACGAUGCCAAUGUCAGCCUUAAGACAAUUAUUUAACAGUUAAUUGCUGUUUUUCGAGUGAUUUUAAUUUGCACUGAUUUGGAUAAUUUGGGCUUAUUUUCCUGUACUGUAUCACUAACAUGUAUAUAACCUACACAGUGAAUCCACUGGGGCUGAUGAGGCUUGUUGGCUUGUUUUAAGGUCAUUUAUUUGACCAGCAUAACAUGCCGAUGAAUGUAGAAUGUCUUAUUUUCCAUGACUGCUCUUUGACAAUACGGUAAAGCUGAAGUAUUUCAUUGA